AUGCCUGAACCAGUGAACUUGAGGCCCAAGAAGGCAGAGACUAAGACCGCUGGUAAGGGAGGUAAGAAGAGAAAGAGGAGCAGGAAGGAGAGUUACGCCAUCUACAUGUACAAGGUGCUUAAACAGGUCCAUCCUAACACCAGCAUUUCUUCCACGGCCAUGAGAAUUAUGAACUCAUUCAUCAACGCCACCGAGGCGCACUACAACAAGUGCUCCACUAUAUCCACGCGGGUAUUUAGUCACCUGUGUCCGGGAAAUGCUGCGGGUCCUGACGGCCUCACCCUCAGAGUGCUGAAGGGAUGUGCUAUCCAGUUGUGUGGGAUUUUCUAG